AUGAGAAAGAACAUACAGACAGUCAAUGACUUGGUCAGAGCUGCUGAAGGGACAGUGCAGAAGAAAGAAGAGAGUCUCAGAAAGGCAGAAGACAAUUCGAAGACGCUCAUGGAAACUCUGAAGAAGCACGAGGCCGACAGCAUAGCCCACGAAGCAGAGGCGCGACAGAUGGAGGAGCAACUUCGCGAUUCCAGGAAGAAUGAGAGUGUCCUGAGGGGCGAGAGGGAGCUUGCCGCAGAACAGUUGAGAGAGAAAACGGAGAUGCUAGAUGAGAUCAACAAUUGGCGGCUCCAGAUGAAGAAGAUAGACGAGACAGAGAGAGACGAAACUGCCACGAAGCUACAAGGUCUGUUCACAGAGGCGUACAGCAUGGUGAAGAAAUACUUCGGCGAUGACGUGCCAGACCAGAUAGGCAAGGACGCUAAGGCUUGGGAAGCCCUCCGUGGGCAUGUCGCGGUGUCCCAUCCAUACAAGAUCCCCCUGCCAUCAUCAAACUCGCCGCAGGCCAAGCAAAUGCGCGUCGCCGCCGUCCUGGCAGUCCUAGGUCAUCACCUGGCGGAGCAGAUCCUCCAGCCGCUCUUCAUCCUGGAGGAUGGAGGCGAGCUGAAUGAGUUUCUCAGCGAACUCGCCAGCGAUGACCCUCCGAGAGAGGCCUUUCUCCGCUCGACACUGCUGGCUGCUCUCACCAGCGCGGAUCAGCGGGAGAACAGACAGGAGCGAGUGAAAGACGUCUUUCAGGCGGUCAUCUCAGCCGCGCAGCCGCUGUUAGCAGACGGAAAGCGGGAUGGCUUCCGACGUGCACUUAGAGAUCUCUGUGCGCGGUAUUGCGAGACCUGGUCCGAGAUACAGCAUCUGGAGGACAAGAUCGAGUGGAGUCUAGACGUCGAUGAGCCCGACAACUUCGAGCUACUGCAGCUCCCGAAUCCGGCAGGUGAGACGGCCAGCGAGGCCACCAGCAACAACCAGGCGUCGGGGACGCCCAAGACUGGUUCGAACCGUCCACCGAAUAGCUCUGUCUCCCAGCUGUCCCGGCCCUCAAGCAACACAGCCAGCCAGCUGAGGGGAAACGAGGCCAUCGUGGCACCCGUGUGGCCCUGCUUCAUCCUCACAACUCGGACGGUAUCGCACCGACGACGCGACUUCGUUGGUCUUGAGGGGCUGUAUGGGAAUGGCAGAGACCUGUGCGCACCCGUCAAAAGGUUUCGCGACUACUUCAUCGACAUGGCCAAUGCCAAAGCACGCGACCGACGUGCAGAGUCUCCAAUUGCUCAGGGAGACGAUCUUGUCAGCAUAAUAGAGGAACAAGAUGGAGGAUCGAGCCCACUCGACUUCUAUGAUUGUCGGCUAUUCGCCGAGCCAGAAGACGACAAUCAGGAGGCCCAAGAGACGAAAGUUGGUCUAGGUAUUCUCCAUACAUACGACGAGGACGACGUGGCAGACCUCUAA